GCAGCAGUAACCCGUGUAGACGUCUUGUCUUUCUAGGCAUAUUUCCAUUUCCAAAACUCCCACAACAAUUUUCUCUCACUCCGCCAAACCCUUCUUCACGAAUCACCUGCAACAUUAAUUCUGUCUCUUUCUGAUUCACAUACACAAACACACACACACACCCUCUCUCUCUCUCUCUCUCUCUCUCUCUCAAUGAAAACAAAUUUGAAAGAGAUAUAGUCAGCAGCGUCGUUAUUGUGGUGGUGAUGGCGACGUCGGCAUUCAAAUCAACGUCGAAGAGAAGUCCAAUCGGAUCGAAUUCGAACGGAGAGGAGAAGUCUGGUGGUUCAUCUAACAGGGCUCACCGCAGGUCCAGAAGUCUUAGCCGCUGCCCUUCCGACUUGAGGGGACGAAGUUUCGUGAAUACGGUCAGAGGAUCGGCCUUCCCCGAAAUCACCCUCCUACACGAUCUCGCUAUUGACUUCUUUCCACGAAAUCACUCGACCCAGAACCAGAACCAGAAGGAGAGAGGACGUUCGUCUCGUUGUUCUGAAAUUAGUCCUGCAACCACUGCCACGAUUUCAUCGUCACCGCUAAGGCGUGGAAGGUCGGUGUCCAGACAAACCUCCCAAGUUGAUAGAGUUUCUGGUCGUGGGAAGACUACUUCCGAUGCUAAUUCCAGACGAAAGCGCUCUGUUUCUCUGGUUCCAAGUCAGACUAGUGAUUCUGAGAGUGAUAUAGAUCAUUCUCAGAAUUCUGGCAAACAUGCAAAUAUGAAGAGUUUCGAUGGUGGAAAUAGCCAGAUGCCUUCAUUGCAGAAGCCAACAGUUUCAAGUCAUCGAUGGCUGGGAAGGUCUCCCAGCCAAAAAGAUCUAUCAAAAAACCAUGAUGGCUACUCGAGUCAGUCUUCUGCACUAACUGAUGAUGAAGCAAGAGAUGGUCAUUCUAGUAAAAAUAUGAUUGAGAAGACAAUUCGGGCAGUUUAUGCGCAGGAAAAGGCAGAACAUCCUUCUGGGGAUGAUGUGGAUAGUGGGUUGUAUGAAGCAAUGCGGAAAGAACUUAGAUAUGCUGUUGAUGAAAUCAGGAUGCAACUUGAACAAGCCAUGGAUAGAAAAACCUCUGCUUUAGCAAGUGGCAAUCGUUUGCAGUCAGACAACUCAGAUGUUCUUCAAGCUGUUUCUACAAUCAGAAAAAAUUACUCAACGAAAUUAGAACAGUCAGAAAAGCAUAAACAAGAUCUCUUAGCUGAGAUAGUUUUGGAGGAGCAACGUGGUAGGGAACUGUCUAAAAUUGUGAAAGAAUUGCUUCCUGAUCCAAAGAGCUCUACAAUUGUGGAUAAACCAUCCCGGGCCAGAAAGAGUAAUGACAGAAACAAGGUGUCUAAACGAUUGACUGAAGAGGCAGAGAAAUAUUUUGAGGACUUCAUUUCAAAUGUUGAAGAUACAGAUAUUUCUUCAUUUGAUGGAGAAAGAAGUGAUGCAAGUUCUACUUUAGGAGUAACAAAGACUAGAGAUGCAGUGUCACAUUCUAGGGAAACAGAAACAUUUCAUAGUACAGCAGGAUCUAAUUCUCUUCCUGUUGAAAUGGAUGGUGUUAUUCUGCCUUGGUUGCAGUGGGAGACCACUAAUGAUGGUUCCCCUCUUCCAUCCAAGAAUAAGAGAGAGCUUCCUGUGACUCCAAAAAGUAUCUUGUGGGAUGCAAAUCAGGGAGAAAUUUCAGCACAUGAUCCAAGUUGUCAUUCCACUAGCAGUCAGUGGAGUUGGAGCCCAGGAAUGGAUUGCUCUUCACUAAGUACUAGAGAAGGUACCGGAAGCAUACCCAAAGAACUUGGAAGUCACCAAAGGUCAGAAUUUGACAUGGCAAAGUAUCUUAAGCUUGAAAAAGAGGAAGAUCUUCUAUUUGAGAGGUGGAGAGAACAAAAUAGAAUCAAUUGGGGUGGUUUGUUGCUUUGUAGCAAUGCCUUUAUUUAGUCAUUAUUAUUAUUACAUUUUUUUAAAAGAAAAUGGUUCACCUCAUCUUUAAAUACAGUUAAAUUUUGUAAAGAAACAGUGAUCGACUAUAAUUCUCAGGGCAGUAAUUAUUUUGUUUCUCUCUCUAGUUUA